AUGUGUCAACUGAUGGAUCAUUACUCUAGUUGGUAUCGUUUGAAGCGAGCUGUAGUGAUAUAUCACAGAUUAUUUGACAUUCUCCACAGUCGAAAACUGCAAACUAACAAGUCUUCAUGCGGACGAUUCAAUCAGCCUUUCACAGUACAGGAACUAGACAGAGCAGAGAAUGUUAUUCUCAAGUUCAUACAGUUACAGCAUUUCGACAAGGAAAUGGAUUCAAGUAGCAAACGGUGCCGAGUACCCAAGAGUAGCUCAGUGUACAGACUAGACCUCUUCUUAGACAAUGGACUACUCAAAGUUGGCGGUCGACUCAGCAGAGCAGAGAUUCCAGAGGAGAUGAAAUACCCAGUUUUACUACCAUACAAAAGUGUUGUCACAUCACUGAUCAUCACUGACAUACAUCUGAGACUUGGGCAUGCUGGACGGAAUCACGUCCUAUCUGCACUAAGAGAGAAGUACUGGGUCAUUAAAGCUAAUUCUGCUGUUCGUACCAUAUUGUCUCGCUGUGUCACAUGUCGAAAAUUGAGAGUACCAGCUUGUGAACAGAAGAUGGCUGAUCUGCCGUCCAUUCGAGUCAAACCUACUCCACCAUUCACCUACACAGGGGUAGAUUUCUUUGGCCCUCACGUUAUCAAGGAAGGACGGAAAUAUGCCAAACGUUACGGGGCAUUGUUUACAUGUCUUGUGAGCAGAGGAGUCCAUAUUGAGACAGCAAAUUCUCUUGAUACAGACUCGUUCCUUCAUGCUUUACGUCGGUUCAUAGCUCGAAGAGGACCUAUCCAUGUCAUUUGGUGUGACAAUAGUACUAACUUCACCAGUGCAGCUAAAGAACUGAGACAGGCAGUAGCAGAAAUGAGUCAGGAACGCAUUCAGUCUUAUCUGCUGAAAAGUAAUAUUGAAUGGAAAUUCAAUCCUCCAUCAGCAAGUCACAUGGGUGGCGUGUGGGAGCGACUCAUCAGGUCCGUGCGACAAGUACUUUCUCCUCUUCUCAACGAGUUUGGUGAACGUUUGAAUGAUGAGUCAUAUCGGACACUAUUGUGCGAAGUUGAAGCUAUUAUAAACUCCCGACCCCUCACCACUGUAUCUGACAGUCCUGAUGAUCUGAAUCCUUUAUCACCUAAUCAUCUGUUGAUGAUGAAGUCAAAUGUGUCUAUUCCACCCCCAGGUCAUUUUCAGCGCAACGAUGUCUACAUGAGGCGGAGAUGGCGCAGGAUCCAGUAUCUUGCGAAUGUAUUCUGGUCUCGGUGGCGGAGAGAAUAUCUGUUGAACUUACAAGUGCGGCAAAAAUGGAAUGAAUCGAAACGCAACAUGCAAGUAGAUGAUAUUGUUCUGAUCAUGGACCAAAACAUACCAAGACUGCAGUGGCCUAUGGGUCGAGUGAUUGCAACUGAAUCAGACAAACGAGGACAUGUGAGAAGUGUAGUGUUGAGAACACUAAAAGGUGAACUACGUAGACCAGUACACAAACUUGUGCUACUUCUCACUUCAAGUGAAUGA